UUGUACAGUCUUACAGUAAAGUCUACUCCUAUAUCUCGAUUCGCUAUUUGUCGUGCGAACUUUCUAGAAUCAUUUCCUCAAAUAAAAACUCCACAGCAAAGAAAUGAACACUUCCUUCACAAUCUAGCGUUCUUCUUCAACAUGUCGCACAAUCGCAUCACCACCGAUUCCCCUCUCUCUCAUCGCAUAGUUCGUUCUUUCCUCCAUUUCCUUAACCAAGUUGAACCUAGUCCUGGUGUUGAUGCCGAAGGAAUUGAGGUAGCUAGGGAGUGUUUGGUAGAAGCUUUUAAGAUUAACAACUCAGCUUCUGUAACUGGUGAACCUGAUUCAUUGAUUGAUAUAUUUAAGUCAUUUGAUGCAAACAAGCAAUGUGAAAGAAGCAGGUUAGAUUCUAUGAAAGCUUCAAGUUCAGUUUCCGCUCAGAAUGCUGCUGAUGCUAAAACUCAUCCUGAUGAAUCGAAACCUAUGGAUGAAGAUUGGACACAGGGCCCUCACACUUCCGCAGUGUCUAAAGAUGAACUAUGUGGACAAUUCUUUGCUGUUCUGGAGAAAAAACACUAUUUCAGGACCAAUAUUGAUGGAGGUGAUGACAUAGUGCAAUUGGAGAAAGCAUCUCGCUUAUUUGAUGACGGUUUUACGGAGAUGGAAAGAUCUGGGUGUCAGCAGUUUAAUUUGAAGAAUUUGGCUGAAUCACUAAAAACAUUAGGUAACAAGGCAAUGCAAUCCAAGCAGUAUUUUGAUGCAAUUGAGUUGUAUAAUUGUGCAAUUGCGAUAUAUGAAAAAAGUGCUGUUUACUACUGCAACAGGGCAGCUGCUUAUACUCAAAUUAACAGAUAUACAGAGGCAAUCCAAGAUUCUCUUAGAUCUAUCGAGAUUGAUCCAAAUUACAGUAAGGCAUACAGUCGUCUGGGUUUAGCUUAUUAUGCACAAGGAAACUACAGAGAUGCUAUUGAUAAAGGGUUUAAAAAAGCCUUGCAAUUGGAUCCCAACAAUGAGUCUGUUAAAGAAAAUAUAAGGGUAGCUGAGCAUAAAUUGAUGGAAGAGCGACAUCGUGCAGAUCACAAUCAGAAUUCAAGAUCACAAGAAUUCCAAAACCAUUAUGCAAGGGGGUCAAGAAGCCAUGCAGCUCCGGCUUCAUUUGGCUCAAUGCCAUUUAACCCCAGCAAUCUUGCAAGCAUGUUCAUGGCGGCUGCAAAUGGGGGUCAGGGGUCACAUUCUCAGGAAGGUCAAGAAGAUGCCAAUAGUAGUGGAGCUAAUGAACCGGAAAUUCGAUUUGGGGGCAACGUUAAUGUAAACCAAGAUCAAAUUCCUCAGGAACUAAGAGGUGCCUUUCAAUCCGUGAUGCAUAUGUUUUCAGGGAAUGCACCUCCUGGGCAACCGCAUGAUCAGAUGAAUGGAAGUCAUGAAGAUGCCAAUAGUAGUGAAGAUAACGAACCCGAUAUUCAAUUCGGGGGCAAUGUUAAUUUAAAUUCUGAUCAAAUCCCUCAGGAACUAAGUGGUGUCUUUCAAAAUGUGAUGGAGAUGUUAUCAGGGAAUGCACCUCCUGGGCAACCACAUGAUCAAACAAAUGAAAGAACAGCACCAAACUAGGCAAUUUAAGCAUUCUGAGGCUGUGAAGACUCUCACAGAUUAUAGAGUUUUGAGUUACUAUGGUUUCACCAAGGCAACCAUAAUUUUACAGGUCACAUAUUUUGUGGUUUGGACGUGUAAUUUACUGAAGCGCAUUAUUGUGACUCAAGUUUAGAUGAUUAUUACAUGCAAUUCUUUAUUGUAUAUGCUAUGAUGCAAAUUUUCUUGUGGAUCUCAUCCGGAUAGAUCUACAAGUUGAAGGAAUAUGGAGGCUGUUGGCGCAUGGAAGGUAUAAUGCUUCUGUUUUUUUUUUUGGUAAAUAUUAACCCAUAAUUUGUUAUUAUGGGAAUAGUGCGUCAGAACAGGUCGUAUUUGAAAGUUAAUUUAAGGUUUCUAAACUUUGAUUAAUUUCUGAUGUUGGCACACAAGUCACAUGGUUUAGCUUCUAA